AUGGUGGGCGGUACGAACAAGAUGACAGACAAUUUAAAAACAGCCUCGGAAUACGAAACGCAAAAGGGGGAGGAAUUGGCGAUUGAAGGAUCAGGGAAUGAGAGGGAGAGGAAGGAUAGGAAAAACGAAGCGCCUGAGAGCAAACGUGAAACUCCUCCUGAUGUUCGCUCUCGAUCUGCUCUAUGUGGGUCCUCUAGGCGCAUCAAUGGGAGCUCUUCGAGCGCUGCUUCAGGAGGGGAAAGUAAGGAGGAAGAUGGGGAAGCAUGGCAGCAUGUUCCUCUUGGAAGGAACUUGCGAAGCAAGACGAAGAGGGGAUGCAAAACGCAGGCGGGAAAUGAAAAGCCGGUUAAAAGCGGACAUAGGUCGAAUGAUGGACGCAUGGACGUAGCAACGGUAAAGGCAGAAUCAGAGAAAAUGGAUCUAGGUGAGUUGAAAUUAGGUAAAAGAAGGAUUGACAAGACAGCGGAGGUGAAGAUGGGGGAUGAGGAAAGUGAGAGUAGGAAGUAUCUGAAAUUAUCACAAGAGAAAGAGAGGAAUAGAACAGCGAAGAGAAAGGGAGGAGUUGGGAAAGCAAGGAAACGAGAGGAAAAGAGAAGGGCACUCUUGCUAAAUGAAAAUGAGGAUGAUGAUGAUGAUGAUAAUGGCGAGGACUCUUUAGAGGAUGACAGGAAUUUAGAAGUGAGCCUGGAGAAGGAACUGGCGAAUAUCCGAGCGGGCCUCCGUAUGCUCGUCAUUGGCAGCAAAGGCCUGACGAAGGGAGAGGCCAGCAGGAUAUUCGCCAGGAUUGAACGAUAUGAAAACGUAAUUGUACGCAUGAGUGUAGAGAAUGAGAGGUUGGAAAGUACGAUGAAGUUGCAGGAGGAAAUGUUUAAUACAAAAUUGGCAGCUAUGGAUGAACGAAUGAAUAGUAUGGAGGAUAUGAUGAAGCAAGUUUUGGACAAAAUGGUUAAAAAAAUAACUGAAGGUAUGGCGAAGAGCAUAGAAGCGAAGGUGGAUGUGAUUUGUGAGAAAGUGGCCGGGAGGAUGAAUGUCGAGUUGAGCGAAAUGAAGGGUAUACAACAGGGUUCUGCAAAAUCAACUGCAGUUCCCGGUAAGAGCUAUGCACUUAUUGUUAAAGGAGCGAAUGAGAAACUGACGAGUAUGGAGGUACAAAAAAGAAUGUUUGAAAGUUUGAGUGAUGAAACUGGAGUGAAAAUUGAUAGAGUGCGUAUGUUAAGGAAUGGAGGAGUGGUGGUAGAGGCGGCGACGGAGGAGGAUCGGAGGCGACUGGCCCAGUGUCCCCUGGGCGAUGCCGGCUUGCGUGCGGAUGCACCAAAACGGUUUGACCCCAGGGUGAUCGUUUACGAUCUCCCUUCAUCGGUGACCGAUGCCAACCUACUUGAGGAGCUAGCCCAUAAAAACCUAGAUGGUUUAGUGAGGACAGAAGUUGUGAAAGAAAAGGUGAAAAUUGUGAGGAGGGAAAAGAGGGGAAAUGACGCAAGAGUGGGAAACGUGAUUGUGGAGCUGCCGAAUGAAUGGAAGGAAAAAUUGUUAAAGAAUGGAAGAUUGUAUGUUGGAUGGAUGUCAUAUAAGGUAAGAGUGUAUGAGAAAGUGUUGAGGUGUCAUGGAUGUAUGUUAUUUGACCAUAGAGUGAAUGAUUGUAAGAAUGGGAAAGUGUGUUACCGAUGUGGUGUGGUGGGACAUCAGGCCCGGGAGUGUCGGAGCCCCGAGGUCUGCGUCAACUGCAAGCGCAGGGGUAGACCUGCGGAUCACUCAGCCUUCUGGUCUGAGUGUCCUGAGUUUGUGUGGCGGCUGAAUGUAUUGAGAAAACGUGUAAAUGGCUAG